AUGUUCAUCUAUACUCUGAAUACUUACCUGCUUUACAUAAGGGGAGACGACGAUGCAAUGGAAAGGGAAGAUGAAAAAUUCAUGGAGAAGUUACACCAGGAGAAAAUAUCUCUGGAGGAGAAUAUAAAGGUCAAACCAGGAGAUGUGAAGGAUUUGGAGGCAAAACUGGAGACAAUGAAGUCUGGGCCAUCACCGAGGGAAUCAAAGGAAGAGGAACAUGGAAUGUUGGAAAAGGAUAUUAAGAAGUUCAACAAAUUAAUCGAACAGUUGCAGACACAUGUUGUGUCUAUGGAGAAGCUAUUGGAAGAAAAAAGAAGGAAUUGGUUGAAACUAGGAAAUGACUUCCAGUAUGAGUUGAAUGACAAAGGUUUAACACCUGCUGAGGUGCUUGGGAUGGAUUGUAAAUCAACACUGAAGCCUGCACUAAAGUCUUCUAGUGAUGAUGUGACUCCUGGAUUUGGGAAUGGAUUUCAAGAAACUCCAAAGACUAGCACCACCAAUGGGAUCCCUUCUUCACUUACUCCACCUUCUUGGGAUGGUUUUGCUUCAUGGGCUUCUUAUUUGUUUAGCUGGAAGGAAUACUUUGAUUCAGAAAGUAAACAAGGGAAGAAACUUACAGAGCAAGAUUAUAGUGACAUGGUUGCACUUCAUUGUUCUCCCGUUUCAAAUUUUUCUGCAUAUGUGAGUCCUGAAGCUUCAACGCAAUUAGCAGCAACAACUACAUGGGGUUCUAGAGUUACUGCAGUUGCCUUUGGCCCUACCUGUGGUGGCUCUGUCAUUGCUAUUGUAAUUGUUGAAGGUCAAUACAUGUCUCCUUAUGAUCCAGAUGAAGUUUCACUGAACAAUAUAUGUGAUUGCCAUUCUGGAUGCGGAUUUUCAUUCUCUUCCUUCCACUCAGCACAGACAACAAUAUGGCCCUGGAUUAGACAGGAUAAAAUGCAGGCUAUUAGAAGGAACAAAUGCUCAAGAGGUGAGAGCAAUGGUGCUGGUUAUGCCAGCUUCUGUCAUAUGCUAGCAAGUCAUGCUGUAACUGCAGGGACAAGUGGCACUCCUACUGGCACUCCUGCCCCUGGAGCUAUGUCUAUGUCUAGAUGGGAACAAACAAAUGCUCGCAAGAAUGGAAGAUUUUCAGGUGGAUUUGACAUCAAUGUUUUUCAGAAAGUUCACAAGACUGGAGACAUUUCUCAACUACCUGAUGUAUCUGUUGCCCUUGUGACCAACACAAUUGAAGAUGCCAAGAAACCCACAGUUGCUGCUGUACAAGGACUUGCACUCGGGGGUGGCUUAGAACUUGCAAUGGGAUGUCAUGCCUGUGUUGCAGCUCCAAGAGCUCAACUUGGCUUACCUGAACUCUCUCUUGGAGUUAUGCCAGUCUUUGGAGGUUCCCAAAGACUUCCUAGGCUUUUGGGAUUAUCAAAGACAGUUGAAAUGAUGUUGUCAUCUAAACCAAUACUCUCUGAGGAAGGGGGAAAGUUAGGUCUAGUUGACGCUAUUGUCCCUCCUCAAGAAUUGUUGAAAGUGGCUAAGACAUGGGCAUUAGACAUUGCUGAGGCCCGUAAACCGUGGGCCCGCUCUCUUCAUCACACAGACAAAAUCGGGUCCCCUUCAGAAGCACUACCUAAAGUUACUGAUGUUGGUCUAAAGCCAAGAAGUGUGAAGAAAGUUAUUGUGAUUGGUGGAGGUUUAAUGUGGUCUGGAAUAGCAACUGCCCUUAUUCUUGGUAAUAUAAAAGUUGUUCUCAAGGAUGUCAACUCUAAGUAUCUUCAAAAGGGACUAAAAAUAACAGAAGCAAAUGUUAAAGGAUUGGCUGCAAGGAAGAAGCUACUACAGGGUCAAGGUGAAAAGGCGUUGUCAUUGGUUAAUGGGGUUUUGGAUUACUCGCAAUUUAAAGAUGUAGAUAUGGUUACAGAGGCUGUAAUUGAGAACAUUCCUUUAAAGAAAAAGAUCUUCAGUGAUAUUGAAAACAUUUGUCCCCCUCAUUGCAUUUUAGCAACCAACACAUCCACCAUUGACCUCAAUUUAAUUGGAGAAAAAAUAAAAUUUCAAGAUCGAGUUAUUGGGGCACAUUUCUUCAGCUCACCUGAUGCCACUACUAGAGAUAGUUAG